AUGAAGGUGCUUUCACCAUUUUUUUCGGUUGCUCUCACGCAGAGCACUUUGUGUGCGGCUCAAGGGUAUACUAAUGAGUCGGAGGUGCCGUACUAUGGUCUUAGUCCGCCGGUUUAUCCGUCUCCCGUCGGAAACGGGACGACCAGCAAUGCCUGGAAAAACGCAUACCAACACGCCAAAGCCAUUGUGUCCAAGUUGACACUCGAAGAGAAAGUCAACGUCACCGGUGGCUUUGACGGCGCAUGUGUCGGUAACAGCGGCGCCGUUCCCCGUCUCUCAAUUCCCUCGCUCUGCUUCCAAGACGCACCAGAUGGCGUCCGAGGCCAGGAAUUUGUCUCUGCAUUCCCUGCCAGCAUUCACGUCGCAGCGACAUGGGACCGCUCUCUCAUGUAUCAAUACGGAAAUGCCCUGGGAGAAGAGUACCAUGAUAAAGGUAUUCAUGUCGCCUUGGGGCCCGUCGCGGGUCCGCUUGGUAGAAUUGCUAGAGGAGGUCGCAACUGGGAAGGUCUGAGUGCGGACCCGUACCUUGCUGGUGCAGGUAUGGGAGCAAUUACAAGAGGUAUUCAAGAUGCAGGUGUGAUUGCUUCUGCGAAGCACUGGCUUUUGAACGAGGAGGAGUGGCGACGGAACCCUGGUAAUCUCGGGGAAUCGGAGAGCUCGAAUGCUGAUGACCGAACUAUCCACGAACUGUACGCUUUUCCUUUCAUGGAUUCGUUGAGAGAUGGUGUGGGCAGUGUGCUUUGUUCGUACCAGCGUGUGAACAACUCGUAUGCGUGCCAAAACUCGAAGCUGCUGAACGGUAUUCUGAAGACAGAGCUUGGAUUCGAGGGUUUCGUGGUCAGUGACUGGGAAGGACAGCACGCAGGUGUCGCAUCAGCCAACGCCGGCUUGGACAUCGUCAUGCCAGACCAAGGCUUCUGGGGCAACAAACUCACCGAAGCCGUCAACAACGGUAGUGUCAGCACAGACCGCAUCAACGACAUGGCCACCCGCAUUCUAUCAAGCUGGUACUACCUCGACCAGAACAAAGGUUACCCAUCAAACGGCGUCUAUGCCAACGACAAGAAACACGAUCCCGUCGACGUCCAGGGCGACCACGCUUCCCUGAUCCGCGAAAUCGGCGCUGCAGGCAUCGUCCUCGUCAAGAACACCAACAACGCCCUUCCCUUCACCAAUUCCACCCGUUUCCUCAGCGUUUACGGCUAUGAUGCCACUCUCCCACCUUCACCCUGGAACAACCCAUCUCGCUACGGUGGUGGGUAUGAGGUAAACUUUGGCUGGAAUACUUUUAACGGCACGUUGGUUACCGGCGGUGGUUCCGGGGGUAGCACGCCUCCGUACGUGGUAAGCCCUAUUCAGGCAAUCCAGGAACGAAUUUCCCGGGACCGUGGAACACUCAGGUGGGAUUUCUGGUCUGAGAAUCCUACUCCCGCGUAUGUGAACAGUGACGCUUGUCUCGUGUUCAUCAAUGCGUAUGCAUCGGAGAGCUUCGACCGCGAGACCCUCCAGGAUGAAUUCAGCGAUAAUCUCGUCAAGAACGUCGCCAGCAACUGCACAAACACCAUCGUCGUGAUCCACUCAGCCGGAAUCCGCACAGUAGACACAUGGAUCAACAAUCCCAACAUAACAGCCGUCCUCUUCGCCGGCCUCCCAGGCCAAGAAAGCGGCCACUCCCUAACCGACGUCCUCUAUGGCGAAAUCGCCCCCUCCGGCCGCCUCCCCUACACAAUCGCCAAAAACGAGUCUGACUACGGACGCCUGCUCAACUCGACCAUCUCAUUCGAUGCGUUCCCGCAGGUUAACUUCACAGAGGGCUUGUAUAUUGAUUAUCGGUAUUUUGAUAAGGAGGAGAUCGAGCCGCGGUUUGAGUUUGGGUUCGGGCUUACGUAUUCGACGUUUGGGUAUGCGGGGUUGAGGGUUACGGCGAAUAAUGGGAGUAGUAGUACGGCUGAAUUGCCGGAUCCUGAUAUUGCUAUUGUGCAGGGUGGUCAUCCACAGCUGUGGGAUGAGUUGUACACCGUGACUGCGUCUAUAACAAACACUGGUAACGUGACAGCCUCUGAAAUCCCGCAGUUAUAUGUCUCCAUUCCCAACGCUCCCGUUCGACAGUUGAGGGGCUUCGAGAAAGUUCCUUUGAAAGCCGGGCAGACGAAGAGUGUUCGGUUUCCGUUGACGAGGCGGGAUUUGAGUAUUUGGGACGUUGAAGUGCAGCAGUGGAGGUUGCAGAGGGCGGAGUAUGGAAUUUUUGUGGGGGCUAGUAGUCGGGAUUUGAGGUUGAAGGGGUCGGUUAGGAUUCAGUGA